AUGGUAGAAACCAGAGUAGACAGACUCAAACAGCAGGCUGCAGACAGCAGACCCAAAAACAAGAUUAAUGUUGUCAUUGAUUCUGACCUGAAAAAUAAACAGAAUGACACUGCAUUCAUGGAUAAGCUAGACAAACAUUCGUCUGACACAGGGCUACAAGCUUUACUCACUCAGUUGAAGGACACUUUUGCCAGUGUCAACAAACCCCCCACUGCCGAUCCAACCACAAAUGCAGCAGGUCUCAAACUACCAGAACCUUCUCCUCAGGCCCAACUCACAUACAUCCUCUCAGUGUUGUCCCCUGUCGGCCCUCCAGCAAACCCUAAACUAGCACAAGAACCCUCUGCACCUCAAAUCAACCUUUACAUCUCCGGCAUUCCUCAGCAGAACAAGCCAAAUGCAGUACAACCUCCAAUACAAGCACCUUUACAGCUUACCUUGGUAGCCACACCAGAGUCACUGCCCGGUCUGCCAUACCCUACUCAGGCUGUGGCACUCCCUGCCCCGUACAACUCAAUCCUGCCUCAGAACACUGUAGUGAUGCCUGCCAGCAUGCCCUUACAAGCCUUUCCAAACAUGUUCGCUGUCCCACCCCAGGGCAGUCCACUCCAGAGCCCCGCUUUACUCGGCCCACAGGUGAAUCCAUACCUUCAGUCUGUAAAUCCCCUCCUUGGUCCUCAGAAUUUUGGCCCAUACCCAUUUUAUCCACAUAUGUAUCCUUUCAAACCCUAUGGAAACAAUUGCAUGCCCACUGUUGCCAUAUCACCCCCAAUCAUAUUUAGAGAGCGCAGGCAGACAGCGACCACACAAGUGUAG